AGAGACUCUAUCAACGCCGCCAGUGCACGACGACAAACGACAUCCUCAAGAAUCCACCAUGCCGGACCAGCCAUCCAACUUCAAGCGCUUCGUCGAGGUCGGCCGCGUCGUGCUCCUCAAGUCUGGUCCCCAUGCCGGUCACAUCGCGGUGAUUGCUGAGAUCAUCGACCACAACCGGGCCAUCAUCGAUGGUCCCACAACCGACGUGCCCCGCCAAUCCUUCCCCUACCGCCAUCUAACUCUCACUCCCUUUGUCCUUACCAAGCUCCCCCGCGCAGCCGGCUCGGGAGUCAUCCGCAAGCAGCUUGAGCAGGAGGGCACCGUCGAGAAGUGGAACAAGUCUUCAUGGGCGCAGAAGCGGGAGGCAGUCGAGAAGCGCCGGAAGCUCAACGACUUCGAGCGGUUCGCCGUCAUGCUCGCGAAGAAGCAGCGGAGGGACACUGUCCGCAAGGCGGUCAAGAAGGCGUCUGCAUGAGCUUUGGAGUGAGCGGCUGGGAGAGGGGUGCGGGUGUGUAUGUUUGACGCGUUGGCUCGCCUUCAUGCGCGGCAUGGGACCAAAACGGGCUGGGACGUGCGUUCUCUGCGGCUGCGUCCCUCAGCAUCUAUAUUGCAUCGUCGUCUAUGCUUUCUACACGAUUUAUGACAUGCAGCAUGCAAAAUCAUAUUCUUGGCAGAUUGGUCCACAGCGUCAACACGCA